AAAAACCCACAAACUCAUAUUUUCUCCCAUCAUUUCAUCAUUAUCUUCUCUCUCCCCAACCUUCAUUCUCCUCCUACCCCCCAAAAACUCCAUUAAACAUAAAACCCAAAGCUCACAUUUUUACCCCAACCAUACACCAAAAACCAACACCACUUUCACAAAACCUUAUCCAUUUGUCACCAUAAUCACUUUUCUGGGUCCAAAUUCACAAAAAUCCAAAGUUCGGAUUUCUCACUUUUUCAAAUAAACAAUGCCUCCAAAGAGAAUGAUAAGGGCAAGCAAGCAGCUGCAACAUCAAGAACUAGGAAGUAGAGCUCGAGAUCAUCCAACCCUCACAAAAUUGUUUUUGAGGAUGAUGCCCAAGCCAAAAUGUACUUUGUGCUAAUUCGUCGGAAAAUGACUCCUACAAGGAAGUGGGUUGGCGAUGUGAGGUACUUCUAUGGUACUCUCAAAUUCCGUCUUUUUAAUCAAAAGCAUGAUUUGUAUGUUGAAUAUAUGAGGAGUAUUCUUCUACUGCCUAUUUUUGGACCCGUAGAUGUUCCAGAUGAUUCCCUUGUUGCACAAUUCUGGGCUGAAAUUACAGGUAAAAUAAAAAGUGAUAUGGAAGCCCUUAUUCAUCAGGGCAUGAUUGUUGUUGUCGGUAACACCUACUCGGUGAUGAUCUACAACCAACACCUCAUCGAUCUACCCGACCCAGACAUAGUAAUGCUAUGGAUCAAGACCUUGCACCCUCACACCUCUGCCCUGCCCAACAAGAAACCAGGGUUACUAGUGUAAAUCAAGGACGCUGGGCAUGGAUACAAUCUGAGCUAGGUGACCUAAGAUCUGAACAAGUAUGGAAAAUCUUCGAGCAAGCAAGGCAAGGAGCAUUAUUGGAUAACAUGCAAGCAAUGAUGCAACAAAUGAUGUUGCAUUUCCCUCCACCUCCUAAGUGAGGACUUCUAUGAGUUACCACUAUUUUCUUGUGCUAAAAUAUUGAGGACAAUGUUUGGUUCAUGUUUUGGGGGGGGGGGGGGUUUACCUGUUUUUGUUUUCUUUUGUUGUUUCUAUUAUUAUCUUGUCACUUGUUUUGU